AUGCUUUACUGGGACAUUAUUAUUGAAUUUUGUUUUAUUCCAGGACAUACAGGCCGCUUACUGAAAACCUUGUGUUUUACAAGCCUCACAUUUCUCCUACUGCAUGCCUUGUUUCAAAUUACAAUUUACAGCCUCCAAGCUAAUGAAAAAAUCAAACCAGGCUUCAAUUGCACAGAUUGGGAAAAGAGCUUCCGGCAGAUAGGAUUUGAAAGCGUGAGUGGGGCAGAUGCUGGGAACAUUAUUAGACUUUUUGCUCCAGAUGUUGGAAUGUUUGUUGCUGGCUUGGCGACAUGGCUUGUCUGUAAAAGUUUAGUUCAACAGCCACCAUCAGAAGAUAUGGCACAAUAUAAUCCAGAGUUCCAAAAUGAAGAGCAGGUUGAAGACAAACUUGAAUUGGCAGAUCCAUUCAUUUAUGAAGAAGAUUUUGAGGUAGCAGAUGUAGUUGAAGAAUUGGAAGAAGAAGGAACCAAACAAAAUAUUCUUCGCAGAAUUGCAACAUACGCAUCAAAACUAAAAGAAUUUAUUGGAAAUAUUAUAGCAACCACUGGAAAAGUAGUUGUUACCAUUUUGCUUGGUUUAACAGGCAUUACGCUACCAUCUUUGAGCUCAGGAGUAUACUUCUUUGUAUUUUUGGGAUUGUGUACUUGGUGGAGCUGCGGUAAACAGUUUGAUCCACUGAUAUUCAGCUGUUUGUGUGUAUUAAUGGCUAUAUUCAGUGCAGGACACUUGAUUGGACUAUAUCUUUACCAGCUGCAAUUCCUACAGGAACUCAUUCCACCUGGUGAUUUCUAUGCAAGGUUGUUUGGUGUAUCACCAGUCAUCCAAACAAAUUGCACGACUACCUGGAAGAUUAUAGCCAAUCCCAAUAUGCCUUGGCCCCAACAUGUCAAUCCUAUCAUGCUGCUCUUACUGUACUACACUUUGGCUACACUCAUACGACUCUGGCUUCAAGAACCAGUUAUAAGGAAUAUGGAAGAAGAAAGUUACAAAAGGGAGGAAGAAGAGCAAAAAGAGCCAUUUGAAAGUGAUUCAUCUGUUACUGCCAAUAUGCGACGUAAUAUGUGGUAUUCAGCACAUUAUGCAACUGAUGAGAGAAGGCUCCUUACAAUUACCCAGGAUGAUACCAACUCUUCUGAUGCUUUGCUCGUAACAGUAAAUGGAAACCCUGUAGACUAUCAUAAUAUGCAUUCUGCAUUGCAAGCUGAGAAUGGUCCAACCACAGUAGAGAUGUACUCCACACCACAAUAUAAAUGGGAGAUGCCUGACGAAUCCCCAGACAAAACUGAAGAUGAUAUAAUUCCUGAAGAGACAGUGAAUAGCAGACUCAACAGCCUCAUCACCAUCUUCCGUUUCAUUAUGAAGCAGAGCUAUAUAUGUGCACUCAUUGCUAUGAUGGCUUGGAGUAUUACUUAUCAUAGCUGGCUCACCUUUGUCUUAUUGAUCUGGUCCUGUGUUCUUUGGAUGGUGCGAGAUCGGCGGCGAUAUGCCAUGCUCACAUCUCCAUUCAUGGUCUUCUAUGGAAAUGUUCUUUUAACCUUGCAAUACAUCUGGAGUCUUGACCUCACGGAAGAAGAACUUCCUGAGCUAUCAGGAGUCUUACAAAAGAUGAAGACAACCCCAUGUGUUGAACUAAGUUCAAAGAUCCUGUGUGCACUGACAUUCUGGUUGCUGCUCCGCCAGUACAUUACAGAGCGCCGAGAAGCAAAAAAACUCAAGGAAUCUGCUUUAUCAGAAGUUAAAGUGGAGGAAUUAGAUGAUGGCCAACAAGGAAAAGAGAUAAUGAAAGUCUUAGGAACCCUGGUGAUGGGAAUGUUUGUCAAGUAUUGGAUUUACGUUUGUGGUGGAAUGUUUUUCUUUGUCAGUUUUGAAGGGAAGAUUGUCAUGUACAAGAUUAUAUACAUGAUGUUGUUUCUGUUCUGCGUCGCUCUAUAUCAGGUGCACUAUGAUUGGUGGCGGCGGAUUCUGAAAUAUUUUUGGAUUAUUGUUGUUUCCUAUACUAUGCUGGUCUUGAUCCUCGUGUACACCUAUCAGUUUAAGUCAUUCCCAGAUCUGUGGCAAAAUAUGACAGGAAUGGAUAUUGAAAAAUUGAAGGAUCUUGGAUUAGAACAAUUCUCCGUUACAGAUCUAUUUACUAGCAUUUUCAUCCCAACAUCGUUCUUACUGGUCUGUAUACUACAUCUGCAUUAUUUCCAUGAUCGGUUUCUCGAGCUCACUGAUCUAAAAGCUGUUACCAGCAAACAGGAAAGCAGCAUCUACAGGUUAGUAAAUCAGGAUGGAAGUCUUCCAGACAUUGGUAUGAUGAACAUUAAUACCAGUGCUCAAAAAGAGGAAAGAGUGGAGGGUAAACAGCCAGAGGAAGGUGAAGAAGACAAUGAAGAAGAAUACGAAGACCCCACAGAGGACAAAAAUAAUAAAUGGCAUCUCGUAAUUGAUCGACUAACCGUGCUGUUUCUGAAAUUUAUGGAGACUUUCCACAAACUGCAAGUUAUGGCUUGGUGGAUCUUAGAGCUACACAUAAUCAAGAUUGUAUCCUUUUACAUCAUUUGGAUUACAUUGAAAGAGGUUUCCUUGUUGAAUUACGUUUUCUUAAUUUCAUGGGCCUUUGCUUUACCUUAUGUCAAAUUACGCCCACUGGCAUCAAGUAUCUGCACAGUCAUGACCUGUAUAAUCAUUGUGUGUAAAAUGUUGUAUCAACUAUCCUCUGUUCAGCCUUCCAACCACUCUUCUAACUGUACAACUCCACAACUUAAUGAGACAAAUGUAGAGAACAUUGAGAAAUUGCACAAAUCAGUGCUUUACGCCAGCCCAGUUGACCCAGCAAAUUGGAUUGGGCUAAGAAAAUCCUCUCCCCUUCUGGUAUACCUUAAGAACAACCUGCUGAUUCUUGCUGUUUUAGCAUUUGAAGUCACAAUCUACCGUCAUCAGGAGUACUUUAGGCUUCGCAAUAACCUUCCACAUCCAGUAACAAAAACUAUCUUUCAUGACAUCACAAGACAACACUUGGAUAAUGGACUGGUGAACUGUGCCAAGUAUUUCAUAAAUUACUUCUUCUACAAGUUUGGGCUGGAGAUAUGUUUUUUAAUGACUGUCAAUGUGAUUGGCCAACGGAUGGAUCUGUAUGCCAUGUUUCAUGCCUUUUGGUUAUUUGCAUUACUCUAUCGACGCCGCAGGAAAGCCAUUGCCGAAAUCUGGCCGAAAUACUGCUGCUUCCUAGCAUGCAUUUUGACCUUUCAGUACCUACUUUGUAUUGGCAUACCACCUGCUGCCUGCAAAGAGUAUCCAUGGAGAUAUGCCGGUGCCAAUAUCAACUCAAAUUUUAUUAAGUGGCUGUACUUUCCAGACUUCAUCACAAAUCCAAAUCCGAUGUUUCUCAUUUAUGACUUCAUGAUGUUGCUGUGUGCAUCACUGCAGUGGCAGGUAUUCGAAGAUGAAAACAGAGCUGCAGUGAGAAUAGUUGCUGGGGAUAAUGUAGAAAUUUGCAGAGAUUUGGAUGCAGCCACAUUCAGUCAACAUAAUCCAGUGCCAGACUUUAUUCAUUGCAGAUCCUACCUGGAUAUGAUCAAAGUCAUUGGAUUCAGUUACCUAUUUUGGUUCGUGCUUACAAUCAUCUUUAUCACAGGAACAACACGAAUCAGCAUCUUUUGCAUGGGCUACCUUGUCGCCUGUUUUUAUUUCCUGCUCUUUGGUGGAGAGCUAUUACUAAAACCUAUUAAAAUAAUCCUCCAAUAUUGGGACUGUCUUAUUGCCUACAAUGUUUUUGUGAUCACAAUGAAGAACAUUCUUUCUAUAGGAGCAUGUGCCUACAUCAAUUCUUUAAUUUUGAAAAGCUGUUGGUUAAUCCAAACAUUUGGUCUCGUUUGUACUGUUAAGGGCUAUGACCAGCCCCCUGCUGAGAACCUCACAAAAUGUCCAUUGCCUAAGGAUGAAGCGGGCAUUAUAUGGGACAGUAUAUGCUUUUCUUUUCUGUUGCUACAAAGGAGGGUUUUCAUGAGUUAUUACUUCUUGCAUGUAGUAGCAGACAUAAAAUCUGCUCAAAUUCUCGCAUCAAGAGGUGCAGAGCUGUUUCAAGCUACAAUAGUAAAAGCUGUGAAAGCUAGACUUGAAGAGGAAAAGAAAUCAAUGGAUCAACUUAAAAGACAGAUGGAUCGUAUCAAAACAAGACAACAAAAAUAUAAAAAAGGCAAAGAGAGAAUGCUCAGUUUGACUCAGUCAGUUGAUGCACAGGGUCCUCAGGUGAAGCAGGAAGAUGAUGAUGAUGAUGACGAUGAAGGAGAACCAGAGAAAGACAAAGCCAAGGGCAAAAAAAAGCAGUGGUGGCGGCCCUGGGUUGACCAUGCUUCUAUGGUACGAAGUGGAGAUUACUAUCUCUUUGAGACAGACAGUGAGGAGGAAAAUGAAGAAGAAGUAAAAGAAGAUGAAGAAGAACAACCCAAAAAGUCAGGUUUUCAGUUCAUUUAUCAGACCUGGAUGAAAGAUUCAAAAUCGGUAUUAAAAAGAAAGGAGAAAAAUAAACGGAAAAGAUGGGAACACAGUAAAAAAGAAACAGAAGGUCACAUUGCAAUUGAAUGUGAAGAGACAGAAGAACUACCAGCACCAGAAGAAGUGCAUAAACACUCUAAUGCACCAGAUAAUGUUAUCAAGCGGGUGUUUAAUCUUCUGAAGUUCACGUGGGUUCUCUUCUUGGCUCUGGUGGACAGUUUUACAAACUGGCUAAAUUCAAUCUCAAAGGAAUGCAUUGAUAUAUCCACUGUUCUGAGGAUAGAAAGAUGUAUGCUUACGAGAGAAGUAAAGAAGGGAAAUGUUCCGUGUCGUGACAGUAUCCAUAAUUAUUACAAGCACCAGAUGAAGAUGCACAAUUCACGUGAGUCAGGACUGGAUAGAAAUGAUGAUGGUGCCAGAUGUGCUGCUUUAACUAUCCGUGAAGGAAACCAGGAAGUCGGUGCUGAGAGAAUGGACAGCACGGAUUCUAUAGUUUCUCGUGAUAGUCUGUCCAGCUGCUACACUGAAGCUACCAUGCUGUACUCACGGCAGUCAACUCUAGAUGAUAUAGAUGAUAUUCCUAAAACAAGUGAGCGUGCUCGACCUAGGCUUCGUAAAAUGUACAGCGUUGAUAUGUCAUCCUCAUCGGUUGAAAGUUGCAGUAUAGUGUCAAGUGAACCAACACAGUGCACACUGCUGUAUUCACGCCAAGGUACCACAGACACAAUUGAAGAAGUGGAAGAUGAGCAGGAUGAAGAAGCAACAAUUCCUGUAUGCACAUCAGAUAUCAUGACUGAGGAAGUUCCACCUUCGUAUAGCAAAGCUGUUAGUCUUGAUUGUCUAUCCUUCAGUUCAGAUUCAGCUGGUGAAAAACACCUCAUGGCACUUACUCCAGAUAGCAGGAUAGAUUUAUUGGAAGAUAAAAUCUUUCCAAAUUUAAGCCAUGAACUAACAGCCAGUGAACUGCUUCUUAACAAAAUGUUUUAUGAUGAAGAAUUAGAGGAUUCAGAAAAAUUCUACAAAGCCCAGCCUCGAGCACUACUCCUAUUCUUCGCUCUAUAUAAUACCUUAGUAGCUCGUUCCGAAAUGUUGUGUUUCUUUGUCAUUAUACUAAACCACAUGGUAUCUGCUUCAAUGAUUACACUGGUACUUCCUAUUCUUAUCUUCCUCUGGGCUAUGCUGUCUGUACCAAGGCCAAGUAAACGUUUCUGGAUGACAGCCAUUGUGUAUACUGAGGUAACAAUUGUAAUCAAAUACUUCUUCCAAUUUGGAUUUUUUCCAUGGAAUGAAAAUUUGAGUAGAACUCGAGAUAAACCUGAUUUUGCCCCAAAUAUAAUUGGCAUUGAGAAGAAGGAAGGCUAUGUGCAUUAUGACCUUAUACAGCUACUUGCACUGUUCUUUCACCGAUCCAUUUUAAAGUGUCAUGGUUUAUGGGAUGAGGAUGAUAAGAAUGAAAAUGCCUCAGCUAAAGAUGACAUGGAAGAAGAUCAUCUGAAUGAAUCUCAGAGAAAGAACUCUCUAGGUUCUUUAAAAUCAAUUAAUUUGCAAGCAUCAAUGGAUUCCAUACAUGUUCAUUUUCCAGAACAAACAAAAGCCAGAAGACCAAGUUCCACAGGUUCACAGAUCUCAAAUCGAUCGUCACAUAGAUCACAAAGAGGUAGUGUAAGCACCCGAAACAGUAGUAGCCGAAAAGGAAGCGGGUCACUCAGUGUUCAACCGAAGAAUAAAAAAGAGCUCUUAUUGGAAAAAGUAAGGGAACAAAUGAUCAAGGCAAAAACCAUUGCCAUUGCAAAAACACUUCAAAUAUAUAUUCCAAUCAAACAUUUCUUCUACAACAUUAUCCAUCCGGAGUAUAGUGCAGUAACAGAUGUCUACGUGUUGAUGUUCUUGGCUGAUGUUGUAGACUUCAUUGUUAUUGUCUUUGGUUUUGGGGCAUUUGGGAAACAUUCAGCAGCUGCCGACAUCACAUCUUCUUUAUCAGAGGAUCAAGUGCCGGAGGCAUUUUUGGUGAUGUUAAUAAUUCAGUUUGGCACAAUGGUAGUGGAUCGAGCACUCUAUCUCAGAAAGACAGUUUUAGGAAAAGUUAUCUUUCAAGUGAUCCUUGUUUUUGGAAUUCAUUUUUGGAUGUUUUUUAUAUUACCAAGAGUGACAGAAAGAAGGUUUAACCAGAACAAAGUCGCACAGGUUUGGUACUUUGUUAAAUGUGUUUACUUUGGAUUGUCAGCAUAUCAAAUACGUUGUGGUUACCCAACACGUGUGCUUGGUAACUUUUUGACAAAAAGCUACAACUAUAUCAACUUGUUUCUGUUCCAAGGAUUUCGACUAGUUCCGUUUCUGACUGAGCUCAGAGCAGUGAUGGACUGGGUCUGGACAGACACAACCCUUAGUCUCUCUAGUUGGAUCUGUAUAGAGGACAUUUACGCUCAUAUUUUUAUUCUGAAGUGCUGGCGUGAAUCUGAAAAGCGAUAUCCUCAACCACGUGGACAGAAGAAAAAGAAGGUUGUGAAAUAUGGCAUGGGUGGCCUUAUCGUCUUCUUGUUAAUAUGCAUUGUGUGGUUCCCACUCCUCUUCAUGUCCUUGAUCAAAUCUGUUGCUGGUGUGACAAAUAAACCAUUGGAUGUAUCUGUUUCAAUAACCAUUGGAGGUUAUCAGCCUAUCUUUACAAUGAGUGCCCAGCAGAAGCAGCUACAAGAUUUUGAUCAAAACCAAUACAACAAUCUUUUAAAGAAAUUUAAACAUGAACCUGCUGCUAUGCAAUUUCUGGAUGCAUACAUGAAAGAAGACAUUCUAAUUGCACAACUUGAAGGAAAUUCAAAUUCUCUUUGGACUAUCAGUCCUCCAAGUCGGAGCAAGAUGGUAGAAGAAUUGAAGGAUAAUGUUUCAAAGAUCUUCAUUGUGGUUUCUUGGUCUGUUCAAAGGAAUGUCAGUCUUGGUGGAAAAUCGGAAAUUGCUUCAGAUAAAAUCUCAUUAGAAAUUCAACCAGAAGCCAAAUUAUCACUUGCUGCAGUGGUGGAAGGAAUAAAGAACGAAUCUGUAAAACUUGAAAAUAUAUUUCCAAACUACAUUAGGGCUCCUAGUAAUUCUGAAACAAAACCUGUGAAACAACUUUAUAAAAAUGAUGGUGAUUACUGUGAACUCAUUGUAAAACUGGUUCAGCAAGAAAACUGUCCUUUAAAACCAUGUCAGCAAUGGUGGACUGUUAACCAGACUGAAAGAUUAUAUAGAAAUGAUGAUAAAGAAAGCCUAGAAAUUAUUGUAUUCAGUGAUAAAGUUAGCCCACCUAGCCUUGGAUUUCUUGCUGGUUAUGGCAUCAUGGGUUUGUAUGCAUCAGUUGUACUGGUCAUUGGGAAGUUUGUACGUGAGUUUUUCAGUGGGAUCUCUCAUGACAUCAUGUUCGAAGAACUGCCAAAUGUAGACCGAAUUUUAAAAUUAUGUACAGAUAUCUUCCUGGUUCGAGAGACUGGAGAACUGGAGUUAGAAGAGGAUCUGUAUGCCAAGCUCAUUUUCUUGUAUAGAUCACCAGAAACUAUGAUCAAAUGGACACGUGAAAAGACAAAAUGAAAGCUUCUGCUGAUGUGGACAGAGGUAUUUUUCUGAAAAUAAAACAAAAGCACAAUGUCAUUGAAAAGCCAAGCUAUUCACAAUAGUGACAGCAGCUUUUCCUUAUGGAGCGCAGGCAGUCGCACGUUCCUCAAGUCUUCUCUGCCUACAGUCUUUGCUGAUACUAAAGAUCGGUGCUUGUUCUAACAUUCAGCACCAUAUUGUGGAAACAAUCCUGUCGGAACUGAAUCCAGUUUCUUUCUAUUUUUACUACAGCCAAAAUCAGGGCUUCUGAAAUGCUUACCAUCCUUGCAGGCAUUAUCUUUAUCAGUCCCUUUACAUUUCUCUAUGCGAUGCAAUGAUUUUGGAACAUGUAAUCUGCUGUCAUUAUUACCCAGACACAGAGGAAUAGAACCUGGUGUGACAAUGCUGCCAAAAUAAUGGGGACAUCACCAAUGUAUUGGAAUUCUUGGAUAUCACAGGUCUCCAGUGGUAUAAGCUAAUACUGACUGGCUUGAGCAAGGAAGAUAAUUUGACAAUCUGUUUUGAAUGCCUUAUUUUAUUUGUACAGUCAAAAGAAAAGUAUCACCAUCUCAGUGAUCUUUCUCAGGAAAAAUGUUCAUUUACCAAAGGCUUUUGUGUGCCUUCUGUAACUUCAUUCCCUUAUAAAAACUUCCUCAAGCAAAUGCUGCUCUAAGAUGAUCCAGAUGAUACCAGUGAGAACACUUGAAACUUAAGGUCAGCAAAAUAUUCAGAAUUCAACUUCAUUGCUAGCCCCAUAGCUUUAUCAGUUACUUUUUGUGAAGGGCAGAAAAUUAAUAAUAACUGGAUUUUCAUUCCAAAUUUUGCUACCUCUAAAACACCCCUCCCUUUUACCCAUGAGAUGUGUCAUUUGGGAACAUGGACAACUUAUAGCCUUGUUACUGCUUGUACCAAUCUGAUUAUCAGGAAGUGCAAAUUUCUGAAGGUCCAAGGCUAUUCCUUCUUGUCAGAAUCCAUGUUGUGUGUUUUACUGCCCAUGACAGCUUGACCAUUAUCAAGAACUUAAUGAGAGUCCGUCAGGGAAAUAAUCAUGACUCCCAUGGUGUUGCACACUAGGUUGGAGCAAGCAUAUAUUGUGUCACUCUAGUUUUUGUACAACGUGCAUUAAACAAAUAAAGUUUGUUCAUUAGCACUGAACAGAAAGAAAAGGCCCGACUGAGAUCCAGUUUAGAUCUCAAACUCGACCUAAAUAUUUGUGCACUUCAAUGUUAUUUUCAUACCUAAAUGUGCACAGCAGUGAUGAAGAUGGUAGCAUGAUCAAGUUCCACAGCUAAUAGUUUCUGUCUUUAUAUUCUAAAUUAAUCUUUAAAGAAGAUAUUGUUGAGCACAGUAUAUAGAAUGUGAGAAAUAACUGGAGUCAAAAUAAAAGGAUGUUGUGGAACCAUUCAAUAUUGCAUAAUAUUCUAACAACAAAAAUUGCCUGCUAGAAAGUCUGGACUUCUGUAUUGCAGAUUUAUGAUAAAUUUUGAUCUUUGAUUACAUAUUUCCACAUGCAAAUUGCUAUUGCUACGACCGUUGAAGCAUCCAUAAUCCUAUUGCAGGAGUACAGGGCAAAACAUCAGUCUGAUGUAUUUUAACAUUGAUUUUAUUGACUUUCCAAAAUGCAAAUAUGAUUAAAGAUUCAAAAUGAUGAGAUAUUUCUAGGUCAUAGUAUUAUUGAUAGGAUUAGAAUCAAAGCACAAUCAACAAAUCUUUAAAAAUCAAAAGAUUUGGAAAUUCUAUAAAAAUUAAUUCACUGUUGCAGCAAGGGUAUUUCCAGUAUAAUGUUGCAGUGUACAGAUGUAGAAUUAUUUUUCAACUUGUGCUUUGCAAAAGAUAAAUGGUUAGUUCUUAAGGCAAUCAUUCUGUUUCAUAUAUAUUGUUACUUAGAGAAGCCAGCUCAGUUCACAGCGGUUGAUAUUUAGUUUGCAGUUUCUCCAUUGAAUUAUCUAAUACAGUAGCUGACCAGCUAUUACACAAUCACAAGACAGUUCAAUUGUUAAAGCUUUUGGGACUCACUAUAUAGUGUUUUCCAAUUCCUUACAUCAUAUUUAAAUAGCACUGGAGUUCAGGCUUAAUCAUUUUUAAAAUAAAUGUUUACUUCCAUGUUCUCAAGAGGAUCUGGGCAAAAGAUUCAGUACCUGAGUAAUAAUAUGCAUGAAGAAAAGACCAUGAGAAAAAUAACUGGUGGUCAGGAAGGACACACUCCAAGUUUCAAAAACUGUGUUAUAGUGUUAAAACUGAAAAAGAAAAUGUAGCUACGUAAACUUGCAAAACUCUAUAACCUGCAAUAUUACAGUUAAGGUAACCCUUGAAAACCAUUUUAUAAUUAUCUGUUUCAAAGAAGCACUCAUGUGCGAAAGAAUUUUCAUAUGCAAAUGUUAAGAACUUUUCAUCUUUUAAGAGUAGGAAUUGCAAUGCAUUCCUAUGUAGAAUGGGGGAGGGGGAACUAUAGCUUUCCCUUUGAAUUUGUGUAAUUACCUUAACCUUGUUUAUUGAAACAAAGUAACAUUUUUGAUCCUAUGUAUCGACAAUUUAGCUGCUCGUUCUGACCCUAGCGUGCACUGUUUCAGAUGAUUUUAAAUGGAUAUUUCUGAAAAUGAACGAUAGCAGUUUGUAAAACGAAGUUUUGUAUAACACGAGUUAUGUUAUUCCUCAAUAGAUUUCAGUACUACAUUGUGUUAAGGUGUAUUUAUAUUUCCCAUUCAUUCAUAAACUUCUGGAAUACUGAAAUUAGUUUAGAAAUUAUGCAAUAAGCUUCGCUUCUAGUUGGAUUACUCUGGUUUCCCUCUGUGCAGGACGCUGUCUCCCAAACCCAUAAUUCUGACCCUGCUGUCAACAGUUACCAGUGGAAAUAUGUCCCUGUUUUAUAUUUGUUUCUAAAACAUCUCACUAAGUG